CUCUCUCCCUCUCUCCUUCUCUCUUCACUCUUUCUUACUCUUUGUUACCCGCUUUCUUCUCCUCUUACACACUUGCACGUAUAUAAACUACAUCGUUCUAUUGUAUUUGGCUGUUUCUCUUUCUCUUACUGUCUCGCGCCCAAACAGCUGUCUGCACUAUUUGUAUUACCGUUACCGACUACAAACUGCCCUUUUAGUAUUAGAUACUACAUUAUACCUUUCUGAACUAUUAUCGAAAUUUAAAGCAAGACAAUGCGAGAAUCCACUGCUUCGGGUGAUACCAAAGUCCUUGGCUAUCCUGCUACUACAUCUACCACAUCAUCUCAUCGCCAUCAUCAUACUCGCAUCACUGCCACUCCUCGGUAUCCACAUCAACAACAGCAACUCCAUCGUAGCACGACAAAUAAUGCAGAAAUUGUGUCACUGCCGUCAAUGAACAUUGAAAUGCCCGAGAAUAUGAUAACUCGCUCGAGCCCUUGUAAUAGCAUUAGCAGCAGCAGCAUGAGCAGUAGCAGUAGUAGUAAUGGCAGUGCCAUAGCUAUUACCGGUCAUCAUAACUUGCGAUCCAACACAUCCAGUCCGUCGUCCAAAUCGUCGUCGUCGUCGUCUUCUUCUUCUCAUGCAUUCCAAGCCCAGUGGCUGUUCUUUAGCAAUUCGCGCUGGAUCCCAUUGGACACCCAGAGCCACAGCAAGUUGGAACGGACGCUGCAGCUUGGCGGCGUUUUUGUAGACAUACAAGACAGCCAUUUCCCUGACGUGCAGCGCAUUAGGGUCUUUCCCGGAGCCGAUUACUUGUCGUAUCUCGGAAUCCGGUAUCGCAUUAGCCGUGUUCUGCUACCAGCACUGUGACAUUAUGGUUUCUGUCACUACUGCAACGGCUGCUGUCUGGGUUCUUCUUUACUACACGCUUAUAUAUAUACUUUACAUACUCAUUUACCCUCUUUAAUAUUGCCUUUUUUCUUUUCUUUUUUCUCACACACAUGUCUUUUUUUUCUUCUUAUAACUUGUCCCUCCUCCUGUUUCCGUUCGUUUUGCGUCGUUUAAUAUUUUAUUAUCGUAUUCUUUUUCAUUAUAUAGUAUAUGACAUUCACAGUUUGUUUUGCUGACGAGUAGCAAUACUGGCUAUCAUUAUAAUAAACAUACUUGUAGAAAAAAAAAGAAGAAAGUUCUGCUUGACCUAGUUGAAUAUUUUAGUGCUGACAACAGCAGGAGCAGCAGCAACUGGGCUGAAUGUACAUUUAUGUGCUUUUUUGUUGUUGUUGCGAGUGCGCGUGAACUGGGGAGAAGGCGAAGCGCACC